AUGCACGACUCAUACUGCGAGCUCUCCCUGCCAUUCGCGUCCUCCCCCGAGCUACUUGAGCGCUACACGAAUGCCUCAGGCGGUAUUCGGACGGGUAUGCUCAUGGAACACUUGGACUCAUUGGCCGGCGGCAUUGCGUACAAGCAUGUACUCGGCCCUGGGGUCGAUGAGCUGCCGAAGGACCAGCCGUUCUACAUGGUCACAGCUUCAGUGGACAGGAUGGACAUGCUGGCACCCAUGUAUCCCGUGCGCGACAUGCGACUCAGCGGUCAAGUCAUUCACACAGGCAAAAGUUCGAUGGAAGUGGCUGUUCGUAUGGAGGCAAUACAGAAGGACGGCACAGAGGAGACGAUCAUGCUAGGCCGUUUCUUCAUGGUCUGCAGAGACGCACGCACACACAAGGCGUCCCCCAUAAACCCGCUCAUCAUCGAUUUGGAAGAGGACAAGACCCUGUUUGCAAUCGGCGAGAAGCACAAGGCGAAGCGUCAGACGCGCGCAAGCGCCGCGUUGACCCGCGUCCCGCCGACGUCGGCAGAGGCGGCGGCGCUACACCAAAUGUACCUGCAGUAUGUGCAGAACGAGAAGGGAGACUUUGUCGGUCCGGACGGGCUGCAUCGUGUGUGGAUGGGCGACACGAAGCUGGAGAAAUGUAUGAUGAUGUUCCCGCAGGAGCGCAACGUUCAUCAGAAGAUCUUUGGUGGUUACUUGAUGCGCCUUGCGUAUGAGCUUGGAUUCGCGACUGCGGAGCUGCUUACUGGCUGUCACGUCCUCUUCCUCUCCCUAGACGGGAUCUCGUUCGCGAAACCAGUGCCGAUCGGGUCGAUCCUGCGACUCACCUCGCAGAUCCUCCACACCACAAAGUCCGAACAAUUCCCCGGUAUCGUCCACGUCGGGGUGCAAGCGAAUGUGGUGGACGUGGCGACGGGAAAGGAGCAGACGACGAACGAUUUUAGGUUCACGUGGUGCACGGAUUACCAGCUGCCAUUGAAGCGGAAGGUGGUUCCGAAGACGUACAAGGAGGCGAUGUUGUGGCUCGAGGGGAAGCGCGCUCUGGACAUGGGUGCUCAGAUUAGAGGGCUGCUCAAGCGUGUAUGA